AUGUUGGGUGCUUUUAGGGCUACCGUGGCAGCCUGCGGUGGUUUACUAUGGAAGAGACCAAUGAAUAUGAAUAAAACUCGGAAAGCCAAUGUUCGUAAAAGAUUAAAAGCUGUUGAUAGGGUUAUCGCCGCGGUCGCUGCCUCUGGUGUCAAGUGUAAAGCUCUG